AUGUUAUUGAAGGCGCAUGAGGCUUUGCUUGAAGCAAGUAAGCUUUUGAAAAUUUUGAAGAAUUUGAAGAAUGAUGGUUGUGAUGAAGAGAAAUGUGAGAACAAUGUGAUUUCACAAGAUAGUGAGCUCGAUUUUGUGGAGUUAGGGAGUGUUUGGCAAGCGACACAUUAUGAGAUCACUCUUAGUUUUCAUCAGGAUGACACCAUGGAAAAAAAAUGCAGGUUUCCAACCUUGUCAAUUCUACCAAGAGUUGUUCCAGUAUUUAACAACCUAGUCACCAAUGAGGGGAGCAGCGAGGUGGAGGCUGAAUUUUUGAACCACAGAUAUAUUGUACCAAAGAAAACUUGUUUUUACAUGGCCAUAAGAAUGUGUUCUCCUUGGUUAUUGUCAUGGGAGGUGAGUUUAUCUAACCACCGGAACCGGUCUUCCUUCUUUAGAUGCCACCUUUUAUCUCUUUCUGUUCUUCGUGCGGGAUAUGAAUUCCGAGCAUCUGCUAAGACUGAACCAUAUAACAGAUAA